AUGCUCAAGCCCAAGGACCUGUGCCCCCGAGCGGGUACGCGUACCUUCCUGGAGGCCAUGCAGGCGGGCAAAGUGCACCUGGCCCGCUUUGUGCUGGAUGCGCUGGACCGCAGCAUCAUCGACUGCCGCGCUGAGCAGGGCCGCACGCCGCUCAUGGUGGCCGUGGGCUUGCCAGACCCCGCGCUGCGCGCGCGCUUUGUGCGACUACUGCUGGAGCAGGGUGCAGCAGUGAACCUGCGGGACGAGCGCGGCCGCACGGCGCUCAGCCUGGCGUGCGAGCGCGGCCACCUGGACGCCGUGCAACUGCUGGUGCAGUUCAGCGGCGACCCCGAGGCGGCCGACUCUGCGGGCAAUAGCCCGGUGAUGUGGGCGGCAGCGUGCGGCCACGGGGCGGUGCUCGAGUUCCUGGUGCGCUCUUUCCGCCGCCUCGGCCUGCGCCUCGACCGCACCAACCGGGCGGGCCUCACGGCGCUGCAACUGGCCGCCGCCCGCGGCCACGGGACCUGUGUGCAGGCCCUCACCGGGCCCUGGGGCCGCGCAGCCGCCGCCGCCGCGGCCCGGGGCUCCAACUCCGACAGCCCCCCUGGCCGUCCGGCUCCCGCGCCCAGCCCGGAGCGCCGAAGACCCAGCCCCCGCCGCCUACCGCGGCCUCUCCUGGCGCGCUUUGCUAGAGCGGCCGGCGGCCAUGGUCACGGCGGCGAGGCUGGCUCAGGGGGUAAGGGCUUCGGUCGGUACCGGGCGCAGGGCAGCGAGCGGCCGGAGCUGGGCCGGAGCAUGAGCCUGGCGUUGGGUGCCGUGACCGAGGAGGAGGCGGCUCGACUGCGGGCGGGAGCCCUGAUGGCCCAACCACACUCGCCCCAGUCUUCAGGCGUUGGGCGGUGGCGUUCACAGGAGGUGCUGGAGGGAGCGCCCCCAACCUUAGUGCAAGCCCCCGUCGGCCUUAGCCCCCACCCCGAGGGCGGCCCCGGCUCUGGCCGCUUGGGUUUGCGCCGACGCUCCACAGCUCCAGACAUCCCCAGCCUGGUCGGGGAGGCACCUGGGCCCGAGAGCGGCCCAGAAUUAGAGCCCAACGCUCUGCCCCAUUCGGUGCCUGGGCCUCAGCCUUGGCAGGCGGGCACGGAGGCCGUGGUGCUGCACGCUCAGCCGUAA